AUGGCAUCCAUGGCGUCUCUCGCCGCCACGAACGCCGCCGCACCUCGUACGCUGGCGAGGCAUGUCACCCGAAGCAGGAGACGAACGCUGCUCAGCGUGGGCGUCGGUGUGCUGGCCGUCGCAGGCGGAGCGCGUCUCGCAGGAGUGGGACUCAGGGACACCGGCCCGCUGAGCCGACAUGCGCACACGAUAUCGCGUGCACCAACAGCUGCUUUAGCAGGCUUCUCCGCGACCCUUACAGGCAUCCGCCGCUACAUCUCUUUCGACUUUACUGGAAACAAACACCACGCCACCAUGUCCAAACUGACGCCGCCCCAGCCGCCGCCCAAGUGGACGCACUCCGCCGCCGAGAUCCGCGACAUCACCGCCGCCGCCAUCGCUGAGAACAGGGCGCUCCAGGACAAGAUCGCGAAGCUCAAGCCGGAGGAGUGUUCGCUGGAAACCGUCUUCCUCGCUUUGGCCGAAGGUGAAGCUGUAUUGGACAACACUACGGAACCGCUCGCCUUCUACCAGAACGUAUCGCCUGACAAGGAAAUUCGUGAUGCCAGUAACGAGGCCGAGGUGAAGCUGCGCGACUACAGCGUCGAGACCUCGAUGCGCCUCGACGUCUUCAAUGCAAAGACUGCCGCGAAGAAGAACAUCGACGCUUCAAACGCACAACUGACGACGGAACAGAAACGACUGGUAGACAAGAUGUUACUCGACGGCAAACGCGCGGGUCUGGCUCUGCCUGAGGAGAAGCGCAACGAGCUGACGGAGCUCAAGAAGCUACUAUCGCAAACGACUCUGGAGUUUAGCAAAAACGCUAAUGAGGAAAACGGCUUCAUCAGCUUCACACUCGAAGAACUCAAGGGUGUACCCAAGGACGUCGUGUCUGGCUACAACAAACGCACUGAGAAGGGCGUCGAGUUGUACGAUGUGACGCACAAGACGCCUGACAUCUUCCCCAUCUUCAAGUACGCCGACGACGCAAAGACGCGUCAAAGGGCACAUGAGAGCUACGAAGCUCGACUUGCGAUCAACGUCCCGCUGUUGGAGAAGGCCCUCGAGAUCCGCCGCAAGCUCGCUUCGCUCUUGGAUUACCCGACAUGGGCAGACUACAUCACCGAGGAGAAGAUGGUCAAGUCUGCACAGAACGUCAAGGAGUUCUUGGACGACCUGGAGCAACGUCUGCGUCCGCUCGGUGUCAAGGAGCGAGAAGUACUCUUGGGCCUGAAAGCGGAGGACUGUCAGGCUCGCGGGCUUCCGUUUGAUGGCGAGUUCAUGAUCUGGGAUUACAGAUACUACGACAACAAGUUCGUUGAGCGCAGCCUCUCGCUUGACGACGCGCUCGUCAAGGAGUACUUCCCCGUCUCCCAUAUCAUCCCGGCCAUCUUGAAAAUCUAUCAGAACCUGCUCAGCGUGCGAUUCGAAGAGGUCGAGGCUGAGACCUGGCAUCCAGAUGUGCAGGCGUUCGCUGUCUGGGAUAAGGAUGCGAAGGACGAGAGCGGAUUCAUUGGUUACUGCUACUUUGACCUCUUUCCUCGUGCAUCCAAGUACGGCCAUGCAGCUGUCUGGCCACUUCUCGCCGGUUACACCAAGUCCGAUGGAAAGCGCGCUUACCCCAUCGCAGCGAUGGUAGCCAACCUGGCGAAGUCGACUGCCGACCGUCCAGCGCUGAUGCGCCACGACGACGUCGUGACGUACUUCCACGAGAUGGGUCACGUUUUCCAUGGUCUUCUCAGCAAGACAUCAUAUGCACGGUUCCAUGGUACAAGCGUCGCGCGCGAUUUCGUUGAGGCGCCCAGUCAGAUGCUCGAGAACUGGUGUUGGGAGCCGAAGGUACUGAAGAUGAUGAGCAACCACUAUGAGAAGAAUGUACCUCUUGAUGAAGAGCUGAGCGAGAAGAUCGUGAAGAGCCGGUAUGUCAACGUUGGGCUGUUCUACCUUCGUCAGCUGUUCUUCGCCAAGUUCGACCUCAAGGUGCACACUGAUCAACACGCGGAGGACUACACUGAGCUCUGGAGUGCGUUACGAGAGAGCGUGUCGUUGGUCAAGGGUGGAAAGCCGUACCCUGGCCAGGGAUCUUUCGGGCACAUUGUCGGCGGGUACGAUGCCGGGUACUACGGUUACACGUACUCGCUCGUCUUCGCUUCGGAUAUGUACCAGAGCGUGUUUAAGGCAGAUCCGCUCAGCCCCGAGCUUGGGACGAGGUACAGGAAUGCGAUCUUGCAGCCCGGUGGUAGCCGUGACGAGCACGACUCCCUGAAGGAGUUCCUCGGGCGGCCGGCGAACUCGGAGGCCUUCAUGAAGGAGCUUUUCGGGGCUGAAGAUGCGAAGUUGUAG